UAGCCAGCUGCUUAUUUUAUUGUCAAAUUGAAAUAAAUUUUUUCGAAAUAUGUUUAAAAAUAAAAAAAAAUAUUUAGCUUUUAACUAAAAUAAGCAAUUAACAAUAAUUAUUACAAUACUUCAACAAGUAAACAAUUAGUUUUACAUAUGUGGGGUAGUUUCUAAUCGAAACAAUUUUAUAUUGCAAAAAAAAAACUCCAUUCUAACUCCAUAUUGUUGUAGGAAGACAAUAUAAAGUAAAUUGCCUAGGAUUUGUGUUUUUUUAUUUAAUAAGUGAAAAUAUUUAAAAGAUUAUUUUAUGGCUCGGAGCUUUGCAAUGGAGUGCCCUGUCACUCCAGAAAGAGUUGAUCAGUGUCCUGCUACACCGGAUUUUAUACGAAGACCAAUUAAAUCCCCGGAAAGUACAAGUUCUUCAGAUGAAAGUACAUUUCAUGGUCGUGUUGCUAAUGGAUCUCCUCCACCAAAUUGUGCUAUUUGUUUGGGAAAAUGUAAAAAUAAAUGUUUCACGGAUUCAUGCUUGCACCAGUUUUGUUUUAAAUGUUUAUUAGAAUGGAGUAAAGUCAAAGCAGAAUGUCCUCUAUGCAAACAAUGUUUUAAAUCAAUUAUUCAUAACGUUAAAUCGGAUGAUCAGUUUGAAGAAUAUUGGGUACAAUCACCAUCAAAUAUAUUUCCAGACUUUUCCCGGCCAAUGCGAGCUCAUAUACAAAUACCAAGCCGUAGUACUUUCAAUGCCGCGAUGCAGUUGCAGUCAAACACGCUUUCAAACUCCAUAAUUCAGUUACGAUCAAAUAUUUCUACCAGAUUUCGACGCUACGUUUAUGAUGGAGAAUUAUACGCCUCGCCGCUGCCUGAUGUAACAGGUCGUUUUCGAGAAUGUUCAGCCAGAUUUUAUAGGGAAAAUCCCACUCAAGUUCAUCGUUUAAUGCCAUGGCUAAACCGUGAAUUAAUAUGUUUGUUAAGAGACACGAAUUAUUCAACAAGUACAUUACUAGAGAUGAUUCCCCAUUUGCUUACAAUAUUCAAUAUAAACUCUCCAGAUUUUCGUCGUCGUGUGUCACCUUUCUUGGGCCAACAUACAGCACAUUUUAUUCAUGAGUUUCUUAAUUUUGCUAGAAGUCCUUAUGAUAUGAUUGGAUAUGACAGAGAAGUUCGAUACGCUGGAAAUUCAAAUGAAGGCGAAGUUGUUAUAAAUGAAACAUCUUCAUCAAGCGACUCGGAUGAAGUAGCUGAAAUUGCAGGUGAUAGUCCACAACUUUUAACUGAAUCCUUAUAUAACAACAGAAGACAACGUAACAAUCCCGCACUUGGGUUAACCAUUGAAACAUCAAAUAACCAAAAUUCUGCCGUUUCAACAGUUCAUAUAAUAAUUGCUGAUGGUGAUAGCAAUGGCAGCAACAACAAUAAUCUCGACACAUCAAAUAUUCAAAAUCAAAAUUCUCAAUUAACUGCAAUAAACUUAUCAACCAACAAUAAUCCUGGCAUUUCAAAUAAUGAAACUAAUAAUCAAAUGAGCUCAGAAAUAAGAAUUUUGAAUGAAAGUCCUAUUGAAAUAACAGAAACAAAUCAGUCAUCACGCCAAAUUAGUGAUGACAGAGUAUCUUUACUUAGUAGUACAAGUAGUGAUGCUUGUGAGUUCGUUUUAGAAAGAAAACCCCCACACCUUCGAACUCCUGAAAUGGUUAGUUUGAAUUCCGAUUCUGAUAGUGAUGUGGUUUUCAUAAGCGAAGAACGGAGAGUAGAAAAAACUGCAAGCAAUGGACCCACCCCAGGCACAAGUGGAGUUUCUUUCAGUAUUGCUAAACAAAGAAAAAUGAGAAGUUCAAAAAUGAGAAACAUUAGAGGCAUAUUUAUACCAUCAUCUGACGUUGACCAUUCCUCAGAUUCAGAUUUUAAGCCACCUGUGGAAACGAGAAGGAAUCGUCAAAAAAAAAUUAGAACAAGGCAAUCCGAGAAAACAAUCAAAUCAGAAUUUAUUGCUGGUCCAUCUACCUCAUCGGGUAUAACAAGUGGAGGAAAACCAAUGUCUUUGUUAUAUUCUUCGUCAUCCUCUCGCGAUAAACGACAAAAAUAUAAAUCUUCAAAACCUAAAAUUUUCGGGAACCGUAACGGACGUAGUUACAAAAAUAUAUAUCAAUCAAGUUCGAGCUCAGAUAUUGACAGUUCAAGACAUGAAAGUGAUGAUGAUGACCACAAAUCAUCAAGUUCGGUUGACCACGCAGUUAAUACUAAAAAAUCUGUAUCAAGUGCGAACUCGGCCACCAGUUCUUCAAACACAUCAAGCGGCACUCGCAGUAGUAGCAGCAGCAGUUGUCAAAGUGGCAAGAGCAAAAAUUUCAAGAAUAAAACCAGUGUUCGAGGUCUAGGUAAAUUAAAUAGGAAAGGGCACGCCCUACGUAAAUCCACACGAAGCUCCAGCUCCAGCUCUUCAAGUUCUUCUGCUCUCAAAAUGAAAGUUAAUGGAACUAGAAAUAAAAGAAGUAGUAGUAGUAGUAGUACUAGCACAAGUAUUAGUGGUAGUAGUAGUAGUACUAGCAACGGUACCAGUGAUGUAAGUAGUAGCAGCAAUUUGAGUGACAAGAUACAUCGUGGUAACAUUAGCAAUAAAAGUACUAACAGUAACGCCGAAAAUAUUAAACGUUACAAAUCCAUUCGAAAAAUGUUACUGAGGGUGGAAAAAAAUUGUAAAUUGCAACAAAAAUUUAAAAGUGAUAAGCAACAUUCCACACGUUUAAAAAAAGAUGAAAGCAUUACUAAAAGCACUGAAAGCUCUAAAAGGGGUAAGAAAACGAAAGGAAAAUAUGAGUCUUCAAAAAAAAAGGAUCAUAAGUGUAAAAGGUUAAAAGAAAAAGAUCGGAAAAGGAAACUACAUAGUAGAAUAAACACUAAAUCCACUACAGAAUUUUCAGAAUCUGAUACUGAACCAUUAUCAAAACAUGUAAAAUUAAGUAAAACUGAACCUGUAUCAUGUGAAAAUGUAAGUGGAAAUUCUGAAAUAAUUAACACUGAAAGUGGGUCCACUGUGCAACCAACAGAGCAAGAAGAAUCUCAGUCAGUAGAACAAGAUCGCGAUCCAACUUCUGUUCUUUUAUGUUUCCCGAACAAUGUUUAUUUGUCUAUAAAUCUUUCAACGACUGAACAAAUUCAAAGUGAGCAAACACUAUUGCCCUCAACAAAUAUUAGUGCACAACAAAAUUCACUCAUAUCUGAGGAGUAAAUCUAGAUUUUAAGUUGUUUUCAACUUUAUUAUUAAUUUAGCUUAUUAUCAACUAAACCAGGUAAUUUCAUCGCUCUAUUUUAUUGUUUAUUAUAUAAAUAAUCAACCGAAAAGAAUGUAAAUAUAUUCAUAUUUAAUUCGUAAAUAACCUAAUUUUGGUCCAUUCGAACUAUUAUGUAAAAACUACUUUUUUAA